AUGGCUGAAUCGUUGUCGUUAACACAAAGUCGCGUACUAAAGUACUUUUUCUUUCAUGGCUUUCUGAUCUCACGCCUAGUGGGUGUAUUAAACUUUUCGUAUGAUUUUAAACGUCACAAAUUCGUGCAACAAUCAAAAAUUCAACAUUUUUAUUGUGCCUCUCUACACAUUAUCUACGUUUUAAUCUUACCCUGGGCCUUGGCGUCUUCAUAUUUUAAAGAGGCCUCUUUUGAGCAGAAACCUUUUUAUAUACUACUCAAUGUGACUAUAACGGUAUUGCGUUUACCAUCCUUAUUUCUGACACUUUUGGGUACUUGGUUGUGGCGCAAGAACUUUAUUGGAGUUAUUCAACGUUUUGAAUCAUUGCGCAUGCGUUAUUUUUAUUUAUUAAGUGAAACGAAACGUCGAGAGAUUUUGAGGCAUAAUGAUAUCUUAAUAUCUUUAAAAAUAUUAACUUCUACCAGUUUAAUUUGUACUUUCUAUAUGCGUAUUUUGAUAUUUGCUGAAAAUCCUUCCCGAGAAUUUGUGGGUUACAGUGUGUAUUUUGGCAUUCUGGAAAUUUUAAGUAUUUUCAAAAUGAAUUUCUUUUAUUGUUGCAUGUGUUAUGCAAAUUGUGUGGUGCGUUACGUACGUGACUUAUUAUUCGAAGAAUGCUCUAAAAUUACUGCCCAUAAAGUGCGGGAGUUAUUAAAAGUUUAUAUGGAAGUUAGUCGUUUGGUUAAGGAGAUACGCCGUGUUUAUCAAUGGGAAAUAUUAAGCAUAACUUUGGCCUCAAUGGUGGCUUUGAGGUUGUUGUUUAAUUUCAUCAUAAAUUGGCAGAAUCUUGAACAGGAUCAGCUGGGAGUUUGGUAUAUAUUGGUUUUGAUUUGUCUAAAUGCCGCUUUUGUUAAUAUGUUGGAUAUUUUGUUGAUUGCCUUUGUUUGUUGCAAUACCAUCAAGUGUACCAGACGUAUAAGAGAUGUUUUGCUGCUCAUAAAUGUUCAAAUGCAAUUGCCUGAUCAAGAGGAGUUGCAAAGAGAG